GGAAUACUUCUACUUCAGGAGUAGCAACCGCCGCCCAGGCCGCUUCUCCAUACCGUCCAAGCAGUUGCUUGAAAGCGUUUUCCAUCCUUAUUUAGUUACGCCUACCUGAAUCCUCGCUCCGCUUAUCCACGUUUCGCCGAGCCAACUGUGAAGACUUCCUAGCAUAUAUAAAAAUGCCGGCGAAAACCAAAGACUACGACAAAGAAAAAGAGCAAGUUACACAGUUCCUACAGGAGUUUUAUACCCAGAACAGCCGUGGAAAGAAGGAAUUUGUAUAUGCUCAGCAAUUGGUGAAGUUAGCCCACAGGGAACAGGUGUCUCUGGUCAUUGACCUGGAUCAUGUAGCUGACUUCAAUAGUGAUCUGGCUGAGGCAAUUCAAGAUAAUGCCCGUCGCUACACCAAUCUCAUUGCUGACAUCGUGUAUGAGUUGAUGCCACAAUACAAGGAGCAUGAGGAGGCUCUUGUUUCCACCCUGGUGACAAUUGUUUUUCAGGUAGCAGCAAAGGAUUCAUUAGAUGUCUAUAUUGAGCAUCGUCUCCUGAUGGAACAGCGCUUGCAUCAACCAGGAGAUGUCAGAGAUCCCCGGAAUCAUUAUCCUCCUGAGCUGAUGCGCAGAUUUGAGAUCUCCCUGAAAGCCCCUUCCACUGCUAAGCACAUGUCCAUCCGUGAUGUGAAGGCAGUUCACAUUGGGAAGUUGAUCCAGGUGAAAGGGAUUGUAACACGAAGCAGUGAAGUGAAACCCAUGAUCCAGGUGGCCACAUACACCUGUGAUCAAUGUGGUGCUGAGACAUAUCAGCCGAUCAAUUCACUGAACUUCAUCCCACUGCUAAUGUGCCCGAGUGAUGACUGUCGUGUGAACAAGGCUGGUGGACGACUCUAUCUCCAAACAAGAGGCUCCAAAUUUGUCAAGUUCCAGGAAUUGAAGAUCCAAGAACAUAGUGACCAGGUGCCGGUUGGGAACAUACCACGGACAUUGACAGUGUUCUGUCGAGGGGAAGCAACCCGACUGGCAUUGCCUGGGGAUCAUGUCUCCAUCUCGGGGAUUUUCCUCCCCCUCCAGCAAGCUGGCUUCAAGCAACUCUCUCAGGGACUACUUGCUGAAACAUUCAUUGAAGCACAUUGUGUGUCAAAAAUGAACAAGACAGAAGAUGAGGAAUUAGGGAGUGAUGUUUUGACUGAGGAAGAGCUGGAUGCUAUCACAGAUGAGGAUUUCUACAACAAACUUGCAUCUUCCAUUGCUCCUGAAAUCUAUGGCCAUCCAGAUGUCAAGAAGGCUUUGCUGUUGCUCCUUGUGGGAGGUGUGGAUAGGAACCCUCAUGGGAUGAAGAUUAGAGGAAACAUCAACAUCUGCUUGAUGGGAGACCCUGGAGUUGCCAAGUCUCAACUCUUGUCAUACAUCGACCGCCUUUCACCAAGGAGCCAAUACACAACUGGUCGAGGGUCAAGUGGAGUUGGCCUCACAGCAGCUGUCAUGAAGGACCCCAUCACAAAUGAAUUCACUCUUGAAGGUGGAGCCUUGGUACUUGCUGACCAGGGGAUCUGCUGCAUAGACGAAUUUGACAAAAUGCUUGAAGGCGACCGGACUGCUAUCCAUGAGGUAAUGGAACAGCAGACCAUCUCAAUUGCCAAGGCAGGUAUCCUGACAACUCUGAAUGCUCGGACAAGCAUAUUGGCUGCAGCAAACCCUGCUUUUGGGCGCUACAAUCCUCACAAGUCUGUGGAGCAGAACAUCCAGCUUCCAGCAGCUCUCCUGUCUCGAUUUGAUCUCCUGUGGCUCAUCCAGGACAAACCAAAUAGAGAGAAUGAUCUCAGAUUGGCACAGCACAUCACAUAUGUUCACCAGCACAGUGAGAAUCCACCAAUGUCCUUCACUCCAUUGGAUAUGCGACUCAUGAGGCGCUACAUUGCCCUGUGCCGUCGUAAGCACCCAACCAUCCCUGACCACCUCACUGAUUACAUCGUCUCUGCCUACGUGGAAAUGCGUAAAGAGGCUCGAAACAAUGCAGACAUGACUUACACCUCUGCCAGAACCCUUUUGGCAAUCCUUCGACUUGCUACUGCUUUGGCACGCCUCCGCCUAGCUGAUGAGGUUGAGAAGGAAGAUGUCAGCGAGGCCAUGAGGCUCAUGGAGAUGUCUAAGGACUCACUCAAUCAAUCCCAACAGGCCAAGAAACGGUACAUUCCCCCUCCUCAAGUGCCUCAAGCCCUGACCACAACAGAUCUCAUCUUUGCCGUAAUCCGAGAGAUGCAGAGGCCUGAAUCACGCACAGUUAAAGUCUCUGACAUCUUGGAACGAUGUGCCCUCAAGGGAUACAAUCCAGACCAGGUGGAAGAGGCAUUGGAGGAGUAUGAGGACCUGAACGUAUGGCAGGUGAGCCGGGAUCGCGCCACACUCACCUUUUUGUGAAUCUUUUCAUGCCAUCUUAUUCCAAUUCCACAUGACAUGAACAUGCUGGGUUUUUUUUAGCCUUGUUUUACUUCCUUGUCCUUCACUGUUCCCUUGGUUUUUAUGGAUGAGUCAAAUGAAAUGUCAAAUUCAGGAGAUAAAUUCCCUGUAAGCAUGAAAAACACUACAUGUGAAGAGCAAAUGCACUGAAUUCAUUGAGUUGCUUCCACAUGGACAUUUUUAGAGGAAUUUUUUCUCGUUCAUAUUUUCCCCACCCCAGCCAUUACUCCUUGGGCAUUUUCCAAGUGUGUUGAGUC